AUGUCUGCCCUGCGCAAGAUGCCGACGAUGAACGACUUGAGUCAGGUAGAGACUCAGACAGGUGGACUGGCUGAACAAGCUCAAGUCAACACUUUCCUGAGAAAACUGACCAAUGAGAGUGAUGAGGGGAAGUUGAAGCCCGGGCAAGAGGGUGAUGCGGCCAGCUCGUUUAGCGAAUCAGCUAACGUGAGCAAACUGGUCCGAGGUUAUGAGGCCCUGACCAGUCAGUCACAUGGAGCUGCCAGCAGUGGGACCCCCACACAGGCACUACCAGGAACUGACAGGGCUGUGAUCAGCCCCCGACCUUCAGAGUUGGAACAGCUGACAGAACAGCCCACCUCUCCUGUCCCUGCACCACAGCCUGCCAGAUGUGGGUACUUCGUGCUGUACAGACUCCACAACGGAGAGUGGUACCGCUUCCUGGCUUCUGAUGAUCACAUCCUGGAGGAGCUGUUUGGUGACGGUGAGGAGUUGCACAGGCUGUAUUUCCACUGUGAGGCAACGGCGAGAGAAUCAACCCUACCAGUUGGCAGAUUGGAUGCUAUUGACGACCUGCCGGUACGUGGCCUGACGUCCUUAGAACUGUUGGAUGUCGUGACCACGUCAGUGGAUCCUGAUUUCUGGAUCAAGCCGCUGGAGUUCGAACUGAUCACACUGGAGGGCCUGACCAGUGAGCAAGAGCUUCCCAGUGAAGAUGAGGACUCUAGUGAUGAGGAGGAGACAGAGGAGAUUAGCGACACUCAGCAGCAGGUCCGCCCUGUCAGGAAGCGGGGACGUCUGGCCGCUUUCUUCUCACGCUGCCGCAGGGCUCUCACUUCAUGCUGGCGCCGCUGAAUAUCCAGGAAAGACAUUCUCUAUUUAUGACAAAUAGUAAUUUAUAUUUGUAAAAAAAAAUCAAAAUACCAGCUUGGUGCAAAAUGGUUGUUGAGCAAAGCUUAUGAUACAAGUUAGUCAUCGUCAAAUGAUGCUUGAUAUUUUUUUUCAACUGAGCUCUCUGCACAUGAAAAGAUUUUAAUAGCAGGCAGUAUAAUACACUCAGGACACAUGUGUAUAUUCAGAAGAAAAGUGACAGUAGUAAUUUAUAUGCCAGGAUGAUCACAUGUACAUUUUUAUGCAUUUUAUCCAAAGAGGACUACUGUGGUAUACAAUGUAUGCAUACAGUUUUUAUAUAUUUCUAUACAAAAGAUGUUUUUAAAGAACAAGAUGAAAUUGUGUACUACACUCCAUACUACAAAAUACAUGUCUUCUGAAGUGCAGAGUGAGCUGUGUUGUAUUAUGUUGUGUUAUGUCUGAUAUUACAAAUCAAUGACCUUGGUAACUAACUUUCCUUGACAAUCCCAGUUUUAUUGCUUUGAUGUAGAGCUCUGCUAAGUGCCCUGUUUAACACCUG